UUCUCAUGAUGAAAGAGUCCAAUCCAAGACCCAACCAAAAUCAGAUUCUUCUCUCUCUCUUCUCUCUCUCCUUUACGGCUGUUACUGUCGCUGCUUCUGCUGUUAUUUCCCACUGUUUGACACCUAUAAAAAGACCUUGCCUCCAUUAAAGCAAUUCUCCUCUAUCUAUACUUACACUUAGAUACAGAGUUCGGUGCGUCUUGUUCUCUCUCUCCUUCCCCUAAUCUUUUGAGUGACAAAUUUGAGAGAAACAGUGUACAUGUCUGCAGAAGCUGGGCUUAUGUUCCCGUACUUCCAGAACUUCUCUCUAGAAGUUCAGCAGUUUGAUGACUUUUGCUGCUCACAAAGGCCUAAUUCGUCCUUGGUAAAUUAUCUUUUCGUUUAUUAUUUCUUCACCAGCUGUUUCUUUUUUUGGUUUCCACUAUUCACUGUGUGUUACUCAUCUUUUUCUCUUUUCACAUUUUAUUCGAUGUAAUGAUCUUCAUUCAGAGUUUUUUAUAUCCCUUUUCUUUUUUCUGCGAGAUGGAUUUUGCUGAUAUUUUUUUUCUAUUUUAUUUUAUGAAUUGCUGUUUGCUUGUUCAUGUUAAUUGGGGUUUGCUAUUUCAAUCCUGAGUUUUGAUUUCUAGUCAUUUUCUCUUAAAUGGAAGUUAUCAUGAAUUCCCAUUUGACUGCUGCAUAAGUUGACUGAUGUAAGAACUUAGAGAAAAAUAGGCCUUUAUCUCAAAGAUUAGAUUUUUCUUGUUAUGUACUUUCUCAAUAGGCAUCAACAGACCAAGACCAUUAAUGGUUAGCACCUUGAGUUCUAUUUAUGGAGAAAAACGGAUCUAUUGCGACUUAAUAUCACAAUCAUAGUUCCGUUUCCUUUUGAAAAUCCAUUAAUUAGGUUAUGAAUCAAUUUUCGACUUUUCUCAUCUUUUCUAACUCCAAAAAGUUCCUUUUUAUGUGAACCUCUUCUAUACCAAUUUCUUAAGGACUUUCACCUUUUCUUUUCGCUGCUGUAUCCUGAUCAAAGAGAGACAAGUGAAGUGAGUGAAUAAGCCUCCUAUUAUUGGUGGUUACUUUUGAAGCUCUGUGUUACAAUGAGCUUUCUAUUUCUGUUACACGUAUUUGACAUUUACCUAAAAUGGUUAAUCCUGAUCACCCUUGUUUUUCAUUUGCUAGAUUCAAGUGAACUGGAGUAUAAGUUUCUGAUUGAAAAUAUAGACCUAUUUAUGAGGAAUUUACAUCUGCAGAUAUUUAUGGACUCCUCAAUAAUUGAUAGUAAUAGUAUUAGUUAUUACAAAGAAUCUAGUAGAUGAUGGUUUCUGGUGGCUGAUAACUCAGUUCAUGUAAUCUGUGUUCCCUUUUUUAUGUAAAGGACCGAGAUGAAUAAUCAGGCAAAGCCACCUAGUUUUCUAGCUAGCCUUUGGAAAAUGUGGUAAUAAACUUGGUAUUUCUUGGAAAAUCUUAACUAUCUUACAGUAACUUUUAUUUCUUAAUGCCGGCUUGGCCCCAACUAUAGUGCAUCUUUGUCCUAACAUGUGGUUUAAUUUGUGUUUUCGAGUUGAACUUUUGCGUCCAAUAUGGGCUUCUUUGUUUGCUUUAUAGGUUGUACUGAUACAUACUGACCAUCAUGUUUAGACAAAAAAAGCUUAUUUGCUAGAUGUGUGCCUACCGCUCCAUAAUUUUGGCGAACCACUAGCCAUGAUUGGGCCUUAUUUUUUACUCUGCUUCAUGAGAUAUCUCUAUUAAAUACUUUAGGAACAAUUUGAGAUUUUCUUUUUCUAAAUUCAAAUAUAGGGUAUACCAAGCAGCCUCAUGCAAACAUCCACCAUAUCAGAUUACAACCUUGGGGGAGAAGGUGAUCUGUUCAAGGCACCUGAACCAGUGAUCAGAGAACCAUUAAUGGGUGUGGAUCCAAUGACGGCUGCUAUCUCAAUGAUCUCUUGUGGAGAAGACGUGAUCUCACCCCAGUCGCUAACAGUGUCUGAUAUUGAAUCGUCUAUUGAGAGUGGACAGCUCCUCAGUGAGGUUUUCUAUGAAUGUAGAAAGGAUCUUUUGGCACAGCAAGGGAAUGAGAUGCCGCUCUUUGAAGCCCUGAGUAUCAAGAUUCCGCCUCUACAGAUAGAUGAAAACUUUGCCGUUGAUGAGAAGCUGCUUGCUGAGGGCGCACUCCAGAAAAGUAUCAGCUCGAGUUGUCUAGGGUCUAUGGACAGUGUGCAUGAGGCUCCACUGAGACCAAGAUUUCUCGAUUUUCCAGUUUUGGACUUUGGAGCUUUUAAUGGGAUGCGAAGAGCUUUUAGUGAAGGAGACAUUAAGACUCUUGGCAAUGAUGGUAACAUAAGUCUCGAGCAGUCCCCGAUGGUGCAACCUAGGACGAUCAGCAGCUGCCCUUCCGAAGACCGCAGGGAGAAGCUCUCCAGAUACUGGAAUAAGAAGUCCAAGAGAAAUUUUGGAAGAAAAAUCAAGGUGGGAUUUCUAUCUUUCUUCAAUUACCAAAGUAUAAUAUCUCCAAAUUACAUCUCACUCGCAUCAUCAUAUUCUGUCAAGAAACUGCAAAUGGGAGCAGCACAAGACAAACUAAUAACGCGAUUUGUUUCAGUAUGCUUGUAGGAAAGCUCUGGCUGACAGCCAGCCAAGAAUCCGUGGAAGAUUUGCCAAGACGGAAGAAAUGGAUAGCUCUAAGAUGCAGUAACUGUUUGUAUUAUUAGUUAUGGCCAAGAAUAAGUAGAGGUGAUCCCAUGGUGAUUGAUCAACUCAGCUUCCAACCUACCUACUUCUCUUAACAUCUCUCAUUAUGGAUCAACUAGAUUUGUACAUACUGUUUGUUUACUACCACAACCAAUAAUAUUAUCUGUAUGCUUAUAUGAAUCUGUACCUACAAUUUCCCUAUUCGUAUUCCAACCUCUUUGUGAUA